AUGACGCUGAAAAACCAUCCGUUCAAAGUGUUUUCCUAUGUGAUCGUCAUUUUCCUUCUCUGCCAUUCAGAAGCUCUUUUUAAAUUGAAAAACAUCAAGUGUACUUGCUAUGAGAAGUCAUACUGCGAGUUUAAGCGUUGUGAAUUAAAGGUCUUAGGUCGCGGUUUGGUAGGGCUUUUCGUACAUGCCCAAGCCAAUCAAGUGCCAAUUAAUUCAGUAACAUGCCAUCUAACAUUGUUUAAGAGGUUUAAUGGCUAUAAGCCUUUCCUUUUCAAUAUGACCGUUGACGUUUGCUACUUCUUUAAAAACAAAAAAAGGUAUCCAUUCUUCGACAUAGUUUACGAUGGCAUUAAGAACUUCAGCAAUGUAAAUCACACCUGCCCUUUCAAUCAUGACAUAAUAGUUGAAAGAAUGGUUUUGAAUGAUAAAAUGAUAGCCAAAGUGCCAGUGCCAAGUGGUUUCUAUAGACUCAACUUUUACGUGAGAGCAGAUGGCGCUUGGAGAGGCGAACUUGAAGUUUAUGCGGAAGUUAAUUUGGGAUAUGAUCGCUGA